AUGUCCACCCCAUCUACGAUGCGAGCGCUCAUCAAAACCGGGCCGGGCAAGGUCGAGGUGCAAACAGUGCCGACGCCCAAGCUCCGGGACGGUUUCAUACUGGUCAAGACGACUGUGGUUGCGCUGAAUCCCACCGACGGUUAUGCCGUCUUCGACGAUGAAACCGCGAAGCCCGGGAGCCAAUUGGGGUGCGACUUUGCCGGCGUUGUUGCCCAGGCUGGCGACAACAGCAGGUUCAAGACCGGUGAUAGGAUUGCUGCUUGGGUUCAUGGAGGAAAUACUACCAAUAAAGAAGAAGGUGCGUUUGCAGAGUACGUACUCGCCAAGGAAGGGAUCUGUUGCAAGAUCCCAGACAAUUUGACGGACGAAGAGGCUGCGACGUUGAGUGUUGGCGUCUCGACUGUGGGCCAAGGUCUUUACCAAGCCCUCGGCCUGCCAUUCCCCAACGACGCCGAGGCCGUAGCAGCUCAGGCCGGCACCCCGAUCCUCAUCUACGGCGGCAGCACGGCUACGGGCGUGCUGGGAAUCCAGUACGCCAAGCUCUCGGGCCUGAAGGUGCUGGCGACGGCGUCGCCACACAACCACGAGUACCUCAAGUCGCUCGGGGCCGACGAGGUGUACGACCACACGUCGCCGACCUGGGUGGACGAGGUGCGCAAGUCGACGGGCGGCCGGCUGCGGCUGUGCUGGGACUGCAUAUCACGCGACGGGACCCCGGAGGCGUGCGCGCGGGCGCUGGACAGCGACGAGCCCGGCGCAAAGUACCGCAACCUGCUGCCGGUGGAGGAUGAGGUCAUCAAGGGCGUCAAUCCGGCCGUCGACGGGCCCGGCUUUACCUUGGGGUACACGGUAUUUGGAGUGGACACGCACAAGCUGGGCCAGGAUUACCCGGCGUCCAAGGAGGAUUAUGAGUUUGGCAAGUCCUUUUGGAAGCUGAGCGAGGACCUGCUCGCCCAGGGCAAGAUCAAGCCCGUUCGCCAGGAGGCUGAUCGGGGAGGCAAGGGUUUGGAGAAUGUGUUUGUGGGGAUCCAGGCUGUGAAGGAAUGGAAGGUUAGUGGUGCCAAGCUGGUGUACCACGUCGCUUGA